AUGAGAAUAUUUGUACCAUCCAGUCGGGAGCCAUUGUACCGCCGGGGAACAUUCUCAUGUCUACGGAAUGAAAUACUAAAAUUACAUCUUAAACAGUCUUUAAUUCGACAUAGUUGUAACACCAGCGCACCAGUAACAAUAAAAUAACGUAUAUUGUCGAUGAAGUAAAGGAAAAGACGAGAUCUAACGUUUCAGAGGUUGAACGACGACUGUAUUUUCCACGGUUAGCCUGGCGGAGGGAUCCAACCGACUUCAGUAGACGGUAGAAGAGGAACAUCCGCCGUCUAAUUGCGCACCAGUUGUUUAUUUCCUCUAAACUUCGUUUUAACGUCCGUGCUUGGCUUUUCUCUUAAGUCGGUGUGCUUAUUUAGAUGGCAAGCUUCCCAGACUCUGUAAACGAAAAUGAUAUAGGUAAGGCUAAGUUCAUUGGUGAACUCCUGGUGCCUGUUGCUCCCUUUGACCAGAAAUCUGGCCGCGAGGCGUGGACAGUAGCCUUUGCACCCAAUGGUUCCUACUUCGCUUGGUCUCAGGGGCAUCGCAUUGUCAGGCUCAUUCCCUGGACAAAAUGCCUAAAGAACUUUUCAGUGGGCCAUGGAGGAGAGUGCACCAAUGCUUCAAGCCCCCGUCGUUUGUCUCGUCAGAACAGCAAUGGAGGCCAAGUAAUUCCAGUGGCCGGUGAGCCCCGCGAACACCGUAUCGACUGCGGUGACAUCGUAUGGGGAUUGGCCUUCGGCUCCUCUGUGCCAGAGAAGCAGAGCCGCUGUGUUAAUAUUGAGUGGCACCGCUUCAGGUUUGGCCAGGACCAGCUGCUAUUGGCAACAGGCCUCAACAAUGGUCGCAUCAAGAUCUGGGAUGUUUACACUGGAAAACUGUUGCUGAAUCUGAUGGACCAUACUGACGUAGUGCGAGACCUGACCUUUGCUCCUGAUGGCAGCCUCAUGCUAGUUUCUGCAUCCAGAGAUAAGACCCUCCGUGUAUGGGACCUCAAAGAUGACGGUAACAUGGUGAAGGUUUUGAGGGGGCAUCAGAACUGGGUGUACUGCAGCGCCUUCUCCCCUGACUCCUCCAUCCUAUGUUCAGUUGGCGCCGGCAAAGCAGUGUUCCUAUGGAACAUGGAUAAGUACACAUUGAUGCAGAAGCUGGACGGGCACCACAAUGAUGUGGUGUCCUGUGAGUUUUCACCAGAUGGGGCGCUGUUGGCCACUGCCUCUUAUGACACCCGAGUCAUUAUAUGGGACCAUCACAAGGCCACUGUCCUGCUGGAAUUGGGACAUCUCUUCCCUCCUCCAUCACCCAUUUUUGCUGGGGGGGCAAAUGACCGUUGGGUUCGCUCUGUGAGCUUCUGUCCUGAUGGCCGCCACAUUGCCAGCAUUACUGAUGACAGGCUGGUUCGUUUCUGGAGCAUAGAGGAGAGAGCUCCUCAGGCCAUUGCCUCUCUCUCUAAUGGCCUCUGUUGUGCCUUCUCUGCUGAAGGAAGUGUCCUUGCUGCUGGGACUCGUGAUGGUAGUGUGCACUUCUGGGAGUGUCCUCGUAGCAUUGCCAGUCUGCAGCACAUGUGCAGGAUGGCUCUCCGACGGGUGAUGACCACCCACCAGGUGGAGGCCCUGGCCAUUCCUACACCGCUCCGUGACUACCUGACCUACAAAGUCAUCUAAUCUCCCCCACUCACCACCACAGCACCAGCUGACCCAACUGCACCUGUGGCAGCAGAAUGCUGGAAAACUAAUGAAUCCCUUAUUUUCUGAAGGUUUUUGUAGAACUCUGAAUGAACAAUGUUCAGUACAGGAGGAAAAGAGUCAAGUUUUACCAAAAGCUCAAAGCCACAUCCUCGUGUCAAACCCCCACUGUGUCUUCUUACAGCAGGAUAUGUCGUUGUUUUGUACGUAUUUAUUUUUGCCUUAGCAAUCCCCUCCAUCAGAUGAAUGUGGUACCUGUAAGUGUUCAGAUCAUCUUCCAGCUGGCCCCAGCUCUCUUUGACUUGAAAUGGCUGUUGCACUUACUGUAAUGAAGCACUGCAGUGGUGCCUGCUCCUAACGUCCAGUUUAGUUGGUGAGUUAAAAGGAUGGAUGAGCUGUUUAGAGAAUGCAGGCUUUUGAAGGCCAAUACUCAGAUCACCUACUGAUAGCACAGUAGCCUAUAUUUACAUUACAUUAUUGUCAUGGCAUAAAAGAAAAACGUAAUCAACAGUGUUCUCUUAGAUUUUGAAUAUUUCUCUAAAACAUUUUAUACACUUCAAUCGCGCCUCCUAGACAUCUUUUAAUGUUCGUAAGCAGUAGUUUGUAUUUCCAAUAGAAAAAGAUUGGCCAGAUGUAUUAGAUGCUUCAAUACAGUAUGCAACCUAGUUUGCCUAAUUUAAUUAAUGCUGUUUGUAAACAGGCAGAGUGAGAAUUCUUUAUGGGUCAUUAAUUGAUUAGAUAUUUGAUAUUUAGUGCAACGUUUAUAAAUUCUUAAAAAUGCUGGUGUGACCAGACCUUUGGAGACACAUUUUUGCUUUUUGCUUUAAAGCCACCCUGUUUAGUUUUUGACCACAGUAGCACUAUGGAGCAAUGUUUUGAGUGGGUGCCCAUUUUGUUUUCAUCGCAUGCAUGAGAACCUGGCAAAGCAACACAGAAUCCUGCUAAUGGUCUCACGCUGUUCCACUGAUUUGAGAUUUGGUGGUUAUGCACAGAGAAAUAUAGUAAUGUACCAACAAAGGCAGGAAAGAAGAUUGAUAGUUGAUGUAAACAAUGCAGGUUCUAGAAUGAAGAAUGAAGGAUUUAUGAGGAAGUAAUGCAUUCAACACAUUUGUCAGGCCUCAAGGAUACACAGUGUUGUGGUGAAAAACAAAAUGUAAACACAACUGUUUGUUUACAAAAAAUACUCAACAGGGUUCUUUGAAAAACUACGAAAAUAGCUCUAAUAUGUAUUGCCUAACUACACUAACUGGCUGACAUCAGCGUUUUAGCACACUGCAAAAAUCUGCCACACUUCUGGACUUUUGGAUAACAUCGGUCCAACACCUGUGUGCUAACUUGACACAGGUGUAGCACACCCAAAGAAUGUGGUGACAUAAAUGGCAACAUACAAUGCUUGAAUUUCAAACCGUGUGAGUGAGAGCGCUGUCCUGUGGGGCAUACAAAGCCUUGAGACCAGUGUUUGAUUUCAUUGUAAAGCAAAGCACCUCUGUCGCUUAAUUGCUAUCUAUAUUUGAACGUCUAUACAGACUACUUUGUGAUAUGUAUAUACAAAAUUGUACCAUGUCUAUAAACAUAUCAAAGCUUUUUUUUCACUUUAUUUCAUCAGUUCUACUGUUGAGCAUUUGUAUUUUUGUACUUUUUUGUUUUCCUUUUAAAUGUGAAAACCUACACAUUCUACAGCUAAAGCCCAAAAUGAAAGUUGUAUUACAUUUCUUUGCAGGGCAGACUGUGACAGUGCUGCUGUGCCCCUGUUACAUAUUUUUGCGGUAUGUUGAAUUUACAAUUACAUAAAUUGCAAUUCCAGCAACCCUGAAAGUAAUCACAAGCAACCAAACAAUCAGCUGCCAAACUCGGCCAUCUGGUGUUAAAUACCUUCAUGUUCACAUAAUUCGCAUAUAUGCACAUGAUAAUCCACAAUUACUCUUUAAGAUGCAGCAUAUUUAGAAUCCUCUGUCUUGAUUGUCAUUUCCAAUUUUUACAUCAGUAACGAGAUGUGAAGGGAGGGAAGUUGAUGCAGAGCAGCUGUCAGUAUUUAAGUUCUCUGACUGUGCUAAUGCUAAAGGUUUACCUUUUCAGAUGGUUUAACAUGGGGGAGGGGUCAGAAUUUUCUGCUGAGAUAAAGAGGUUAUUUAAGGAGUGGUCUGCAUGGCUUAAAUCUAUACAGAAGAUGUUUCUAUACCUGUAACCAUCAUGAUGGGACAAACAGUCCUGCCUCAGUGAGAUGCAGUGUGUGUGUGUGUGUGUGUGUGUGUGUGUGUGUGUGAAUAUAUGAUGUUUAAAAUUCCUGCAAGUUUCUUGUAAUUUGUUUUUGUGUGUUUGUAGUUUCAAUAAAGGCUUUUUGACAAAA